AAUGAAGAAGAGGUCCAAAUGCCUAGAAAUUGCUCAUGAAGAGGGCAAAAUUAACAAUAAAAUUCAUGAAUCUAUCAUUAAAUCUACCCUUCUUGGAUUGGACUAUCAAGCAAGCUCAGUCUCCUUUCUGCUUUACAAGAGUAUGAUUUCAAAGAUUAAGCCAAGAAUUUGAAUUUACCUUGAGAAAUUAAAGAAAUUUGGCAAUAUUCAGUAUACUCAUGAAGAAGUCAAAGCAUUUGACCAUGAUGAUACUCUAGAUUACAAAUUUGCUCAAAAAUAGCCUUCGAUCACUAAUCAAAAGUCUCAAAAAUAGGUCGACUUGCAAACUAUUGAUAAAGGGUUCAGAUCAGAUAUGGUGGUUCCCAAACAAGGCGAUGAUUUCUAUAUGAGCUAUUAUAAACAGAGGAACUCAAUUGAUGACUUUUCAGAAGUUAAGUAUUUCCAGGAAACAAUUCCAAAGAAUAAUCUCUUCGUUAUCCAAUUGUAGGAAGCUGCGCUUUCAAGAAUGAAAAAUUUGUACUGAGAAUAUUAGGUUUAAAGCUAAAUUUCAAAGAAGGAUAAACUGAUUAUCCAUGGUUGAUUGUGGAAGCAAGGAAUAUAGUGACUGGGCCAAACACCCACAGAGAGUGUAUGGGCUAUUGGAAGGGAUAGCUAAGUCGGGCUUGAAAGGAAAUUUGAAGGUUCUAGAAAUUACUCUUGCUAAAGUUGAUGCUGAAACUUUUAAGAGCUGGGCCACUGAGCUUGGAUUGGUCGACUCUGGUAUCACCUUUCUUGACCUAGGAAAGGGCAAAAGUUAUCAGUUGUAAUUUGUUAAGAAGAAAGGUUGUUGGGUAAAAUAUUCAAUGUUAGAGAAGAAAGCUUUUCUGAAAAUUAGAGCUAGAUGCUUGCGAUAAAGAAUCUUAU